AUGAGCUGUGAAGAGAUGUGCCCCCCGGGAUUCUAUGGAAUUGGGACUGCCGAGACUGGACGGACAUGUCAACCAUGCACGGGCAAUUGCCUGGAGUGCCAAUCGCAGGAUUUCUGCACAAAGUGCACCAAUGGCACGUUGCUGACCCAUGCGUUCACCUGUGAAGCCCAAUGCCCUGCUGGCUACUACCCAAGGAAUCCAGCUGAUGGAUCGCUGGAUGGAAGAACCUGCCAAAAGUGCGUGGGAGAUUGCCUCACAUGUGAAACGCGCUUCUCCUGUACCAAGUGCAAGAACUCUGCUUACCUUACCCACAAGAAGGAGUGCAAGCGAGAGUGUCCAGCAUCGCACUAUCCAGAUGGCUCAGAUGCUCCUGAAGGUCGAUACUGCAUAGAAUGUCCUGGAAUGUGUAGUGAGUGCAACAGCCCUCACUUCUGCACACAGUGCAAGACUCCGACAUUUCUCACCGCCCAUGGCACUUGCGAACCUUCAUGCCAAGAAGGCUACUGGCAAGAGAUUGGAAGAGAAGUGCACAGCUUCUGGGGUAUGAAGGUUGGAGGAGUUUGCAAGUCCUGCCCACAGAACUGCGAUCGAUGCGUCGGCAGUGGAUGCAUCGAGUGCAACAAGUUCAACUACCUAUCAGCUGCCGGUCUAUGUGUUGCCCGCUGCCCCGAUGGCUACUUUGGAGUUGGAGUUGAAGAGCUGGGAAGAGUGUGCGUGCCUUGCAGCGAAACGCACGGAGACUGUUUGAACAGGACUUUUGUACUCCAGUGUGGUGAAAACUUAUACCUUGACCCAUGGAAUGCGACUUGUAUCCAGACUUGUCCCGCGGGAUAUUUCGCCUUGGAUGGUGAUGUCAAGCAAACUGGUGGACCAAAAAUCGGUGGCACAUGUGAGAGAUGUUUAGGUUCUUGCAAGAGUUGCAGCUCAGCUACCACCUGUCAAGUCUGCACGCAUGCGAUGUACCUGAAUCCUAUCACUCAGAGGUGCACCAAUGAUUGUCCAAGCGAUCACUACAUGGUGGGCAACAGUACAGAUGGUCGGACCUGCAUGCCCUGCCCUCCUACAGCGGCAAAAUGCGUCAACGAGACAUGGACCUAUGAAUGUCGUGGAAACAACCAGUACCUGGUACCUGAAGGAGGCAAGUGCACAACGAAGUGUCCCCAGGGCUAUUUUGCAAGAUCUGGGGCUCAAGUGGAGGAAGACGCGCCGCUGGUUGGUGGCACCUGUGAAAAAUGUGUUGGCAGCUGCAGCCGGUGCAAAUCUGAAUCCGAAUGCUUGGAAUGCUCAGGAGGUAAAUAUUUGGAUCCAACCACCUCUUUGUGUACCCUGGAGUGCCCGCGUGACCACUUCAUGGUUGGCACGGGUGAAAAAGGCAGAGCUUGCUCGCCAUGUCCUGACAACUUUGCUGUCUGCAGGAAUGCCUCUUAUGCUAUGGAGUGUCGUGGGGAUCAGCAAUACUUGGUUCCUGAGGGUGGGCGUUGUACUCCAAGCUGUCUGGACGGAUACUAUCCUCGCCCAGGCAUUGCUCUGGAGGUGGGUGGUCCACUGGUGGGUGGGACUUGCGAGCGAUGUGUGGCACCUUGCGAGACGUGCAUAUCUUUGAAUGAGUGCAAGAUUUGCAAAGGGGGCACUUAUUUGAACCCCUUCGAUCUCAGCUGCGCCUUCGAUUGUCCUGUGGGAACGUACAUGACUGGCACAGGAGAUGUUGGGCGCAAGUGCGAAGCAUGCCCUGCCGAGAUGUAUUCUUGCAUCAACAGCACCUACGCAUCAUUGUGCAAAGGAGACAACUACUACUUGACUCCAAAGCACUCCUGUGAACUGAAUUGUCCUGAUGGCUACUACAGAAUGGGUGGCUCUGAGGUAUCUGAAGGAGGGCCUAUGGUUGGUGGGACCUGUCAGAAGUGUAUCAACAACUGCGCGACGUGUUACACAGAAUCAAAGUGUACCUCCUGUCGCAACGGGGCUUUCUUUGAUCCUCGAUUGGAGCAAUGUGAUUUCAAUUGCCCAGAGGAUCACUACAUGGUAGGCAAGGAAGAGGAAGGUCGACAAUGCUUUCGAUGUCCAGAUGAGUUCCACACCUGUCUGAACAACACCUUUGGCACACAUUGCCAUGGGAACAAUCGGUACCUCGCUGAGAAUGGGACUUGCCGGACCUCAUGCCCAGAUCGUUACUUCCGAAGGCCUUCCACAGUCUUUGGGGUCGAUGGCAUCAUGAUUGGUGGCGAGUGCGAAAAGUGUGUUGGAGAUUGCAGAGAAUGUGUCAGUGAAGGGGAAUGUGCGGUCUGUGAGAAUGGCAAGUUUCUGAAGAACCGCACCUGCCUUGCUGCUUGUCCAACCGGCUUUUUCCAGAAGGAGGGAACGGAUGGCAUCAAUGGAACUUGUGAGAUGUGCAAGAUGGGAGCCACACAUUGCAGUGCUGGCACCCAGGACGGUGUCACAGUGGCUCUCGCCUGUGAGACUGGCUUUGAGCUGAAAGACUCAGAGUGUGUCAACAGCUGCGGAAGCGGAAAAUACAAAGAUCCCACCACGGACAAAUGCGCAGAUUGCCCCUCAACAUGUGCUGAAUGCAUCAGUGCGACAAAAUGCAGCCUUUGCAAGGAUGGUGAGUCGUUGGAUGUGAGUCAGCUUCCAAACUCGAGCAAGUGCGUAAGCUCCUGCCCCGAUGGCUUCUUUGCUGAUAAAGGUCAAUGUGUCUCCUGCUCACGAUCUUGCAGCAAAUGCGAUUCCACUUCUGCCUGCACACAGUGCAAGGACCACCGCUAUUUGUCUCCAAAUUCAAAGACCUGCGAAGAUGACUGUCCCAAGGGAUAUUCUCCCGUGGGCUCUGAAGCGACUAACCGAAGCUGCCAAGUCUGCAGCAAAAACUGCGUGAGCUGUGCCUCAGCCGGGGAAUGCAGAGAGUGCGGAAAUCGGAAAUAUUUGGUCCCUGAAGGCUGGUGUGAGGAUGGCUGUCCAAAGGGAUACUAUGGCAAAGGUGAUGGGGACACCGGUCGCACAUGUGAAGCUUGCCCGGGAGACUUCUUCAACUGCAUCAGCCCAAAUCUUGGUACAGAAUGCAAGAACCGAAAGUACCUGACAGCAGAGGGAACAUGUGAAAGUGGCUGCCCAACUGGGACCUAUCCUUCCGGCACAGGAGACUUGGGCCGAGUUUGCAUGCCAUGUGGAGCAAAUUGUGCGGUUUGCACCACCGGAGAUACUUGUGACAGGUGCACAAAUAGCCACUACUUGACACCAGACCUCUGGUGUGAAGACGCAUGCCCGGAUGGCUACUACAAAAGUGGCACAGGUAAGUUGAAUCGCACCUGUGUCUUAUGUCCCAUGGAUGCCAUGAAGUGCAUCAGUCCAACGGUUGCUACUGAGUGCCGAGAUGCAAAAUACCUCACUGCUGCUGGAAGCUGUGAAUACUUGUGUCCAGAAGGAACAUACCCAUCAGGCGCAGGCCACAGCACAGUUGGCCGCACUUGCGAGGUGUGUGAUGCCAACUGUGCCACCUGCAAAAAGGCCGAUCUCUGCACAAAAUGCAAGAAUGGACAGUACUUGACCUCUGAUAUGUGGUGUGAGGAGGGAUGCCCAGACGGAUACUAUCGCAAUGGCACAGGGAAGAUUGGUCGUAAUUGCGUUCGAUGUCCGCUGAAUGCGAUGAAAUGCAUUGGGCCGGCUCUGGUCACCGAAUGCAGAGACUGGCUGUACCUCACACCAGAUGGCACUUGUGCGGAUGGCUGUCCAGUAGGUACAUAUCCUUCUGGUGUGAACCAAGUGGGUCGCACGUGUGAAGCCUGCGACAAGGAUUGCAUCUCAUGUACCCAGGAGAACCGCUGCGAGCAGUGUCGCAAUGGCAAGUAUCUGACACCAAGUGGAUGGUGCGAAGCAGCAUGCCCGCAUGGAACCUACAAGAACGGAGUAGGAACUGUGGGAAACACUUGCGAGCCAUGUCCGGGUGACUCUAGCGGCUGCGUCCAUGCGAAGUAUGCCACCGAGUGCAAAAACUCCAAAUUUUUGGCUCCUGAUGCCACCUGCAGAGAUACUUGCCCCGUGGGCUACUUUCCUGAAGGAAUUGGCGAGGUCGGAAAGCAGUGCCCGCGAUGCCAGGAACAUUGCUUCUCCUGUCAAUCAGCGGCCUUGUGCACUGUCUGUGACAAUGGAAGGGUUCUGAGUCCCAACAUGUCCUGUGUGGACAACUGCCCCAAUGGAUACUUUCGCAAUGCCUCAGAGAAGAUUGGCAACAACUGCACGGCCUGUCCACCAAGCAGCAAAUGUCUGAAUUUGACGCAUAUCACAGAGUGCAAAAACGCCCGUUAUUUGAAUCCAGACUUUACUUGCCAGAUGGAUUGUCCACGUGGCCUCUUUCAGCUGGGCGAUAAAGACACGGGACGUGUUUGCACCGGAUGUUCUUCCAACUGUACACUUUGUGUCAAUGCCACGACCUGCACUGAGUGUAGAAACAACAACUACCUCGGUCCAGAAUUUCGCUGUGAACCUGAAUGCCCGUCGGAUCACUACUACGAACCACCCGAAUCCUUGAGACAGAUCGAAUGGAAGGAACUGCGGGAUCAGAGCUGUGGCGGCGGCGAGCUGCGCACCUGGUCUGGCGGCACGGACUCCAGGUUUGGUGAGGGCUUCGUGGAAAAUGUGCCCGGCUGCCAGCUGAUGUGCAUGGCGAGGGCUGAGUGCGCUGGCUUUGAACUUCGUGAGGAUAGCAACAAAUGCUCUUUCUGGAUGGGCGACACUUUGUCACCACGUCCUGCGAAGGGGAUUCACUGCUUUCGCAAAGUAGACCUCGUGCCCCAGAAGGGGAAAUCUGCAGCUGGAGAAGUGGUGAUUCCAGCCGCGGGCGUGGCCUCUAUGAGUUCACGUCUUGAGACUGCUCCAGCCAAGCUUUGCAACGAUGGACUCGUCUCGACGCGUUGUAGCUCCAUCUGGAACGAUGCAGCUGGGGAGCUGAAUCCGUGGUGGCAGAUGGACUUGGGCAGCAAGGAGUCCUUGGUAAAGAUUCGCAUUUUGAGCGACCCCGAUGGCUGCGAGGCCAUGUCGGAGGAGGCUACCGGUCUCCACUGUUCUUUGCUUGGUGGAGUGGUGGGGGUGAGCUCUACGCCCUGCGAAAAAGGAACCCUGACAGAAACCACUGACAAGUGGUACGAGGUCUCGUGUGACCGAGCUGAGGGGCGCUAUGUCUACCUGCAGCUGAAAGGGUACCGGGUGCUGAACUUCUACGAGUUGGUGGCAUACAAGGUGUCUGAGACUGAAUCAUGCACGGAGACUUGGCAGUUGACCAACGUCAAGCAGAAAGGCCAUACCUUCACAGCUGACAACGAAGAGGGCGGCAAUGCCUUUGCAGUGGCAGGGCCUGUGUCCGGCAUCGCUUUCAUGCCUGGUCAGGACGAUAGGCCCCUAUGGGUUGGUCUCACCACUGAUCCCACGGAUGAGAGAGACUUUAAGAAUGGGAAGUUCAUCCAGUUGACGGCCAGUGGCUCUGUUGCCAUUGAGGGAGCCUUUGAAGGUUUGACCUACACUAGGGAGGAUUAUUUUCGAUUGGAGCUCAAAGGUCGGGAAGUGAUCAUCUACAAGAACGGAGCCUCACUUCACAGCUUCAAGCUGGAUUCCAGCGGUUCACUGAAUGGUUGGUACACCAUGAUUUGGUUUCCAGAGACCAAGCCUGAUGAUGCCGCCCCUUGGCUGUAG